GUUUAGAGUAAAGUGAAUAUUGCAAACUUGCAGAAAACGUAAUUUUCCAUUAAAGAACUAUCAAGUGCGUUCGUUUUGUGACAAUUUUCGUCAUUCAUGCGACGCGAAGCAUUUGAAACUAAGAAAACAUUGAUAUCUGGAUAGCGGCAUCGCUUUAAACAUAAAUAUAUAUCGCACACAUCUGUAGUUGAACAAUUUACUAUACUAUAACUACGAAAACUCGGAACGCGCUGCCUUCACAUUUUCUGUGUCGUGGAAGAAUUCGUUCUCGAAAUUGCCAUUGAUUGAUUUGUAAAAUGAGUGCCGUGGCUGCUAAUAUGUUUUGUGCAGUAUGCGGUGAUGCCGCUGCAAUGAUGUGCGAGCGUUGCCUGGAGCCGUAUUGCAAAAAAGAUUGUCAAAGCGCAGAUUGGCGACGCCACAAAUAUUACUGCAGCCCCAUGCCUGUGCUGGUGCCCAAAAAAAAUGCGCCGAGCUCUGAGCCGCCAAAGCUUGCAAAUAUUCCGAAACCAAAACCAAAUCCGAAUCCAAUCAAUACCGAAUUGGUGUCCUGCUCCAAGCCAGUGGUAUCUCCGUCCAAUGCAGUCAAGACCGUUGCAUCCGAGAACCAUGUGACUACCGCCAUAGUGAAAGACGAGAAGAAGCCACUGUCCUCUGUCUGGCGUGAAACGUUCUUGCCGCCGCUGAAAGACUUUUUCGAGUGCCGUGUGACGUACAUGGAAUCUGAUGGCGUCAUCUGGGUAGUGGAUGCGGCCAAUAUUGAGGUAAUGGAGCAAUUCAACGAGAACAUGCAGCGCGUCAAGCCAAAGCUUACCCUGGCCAAAUCUGUUGUUGAGGACUCGCUGGUUGUGGUUCAAGGCGACAAAAACAUGCAUCGCGGACAUGUGCUCUCUGUGGAUACGCAGUCUGAGACUGCUAUGAUCCGUCUGAUCGAUCAUGGAUCGGUAGUCACUUUUUCUUUGCUGGAAAUCUACGAUCCGCUGUCGCGCAUGGCAGAUAUCAAAACGUUUGCGAUUCAAGUGAAGCUGCUGUCGAAUACGGGCGUGCAGAGUAACAAGCAUCUGACGCUGCGCAUACUGGGCCCCAAGACCCAGGAGGGCGUCUACCCGGUACAGCUGAAGCCCAAGAUGACCAUUCCGCUCAAUUUGCCGAUUAAGAUGCUGCAGGUGAACCCGGAGGUGAGUCUGGUCCGGAUCCUGGAAGGUUGUCUGAAGCGCGAAGAGAAGCCCAUUGCCCUGCUUCAAAUAGCAACAAUAAAGCAGAUCAACGCCGCCAUGUGUGACAAACUGGAGGGAAAACAGCAACAGCCGAUCUCUGGCCCUCUUCCAUUAGAUACGUGCCCAACCAUAUUUUUGGCCACUCGCACCAACCAGGGCUACCGACGCGCCUUUUUGCUGGACGUAAUUGAAGGGCCGCCUGCGCGUACUUUCCUGGUGUAUGAGAUGGACGAGGGUCGCAUCUCCAUCACCACUGACGUGUGCCGCAUUCCCAGCGAGCUGCUCGGUCAUCCCAUUCAGACAUUUGCCAUGAAUCUGAGCGACGAAGAGCAACAGCCACCGCUGGAGCAACUGGUGGACAGCAUUGGGCCCGAUUUUACUCUCAAAUUGCGUCUGGAGAGCAUUCAAGGGCAGGAAAAGGUGCGCAAGGCCAGUGCCGCCUUGCUGUCCAAAGGGAAGCAGAUAGGCGAAGUGGAGCUGAAAACGUUCCUGGGUGAGGUGUCCACAAUGGGUCACAAGUACUGGCGUGAGGCGAUCAAGAACGGCACCAUGGUUCGCAUAACUCACAUUGUCGACUACAAGGAAGUCUUUAUCAGCUCCAGCGUCACCUUGCAAUAUGCAAACCUUUUCAAGCGCAUGGAAAAGAAGUGCAAACCCUUCGAGCCCUCGGUCCAGAUUCCGAUUGGCUGCAUUGUGCUGGUGGUGAGUCCCAAACUGGGACACUUCCGUGGCGAGAUCUCUGGUGUUGCAAACGACUUAUUCAGUGUCUACAAUAUUGACACUGGCGCAACACAUCAGGUGGAUGGCCAGUUCCUGCGCAUGGCCUGUCGUUUCCUCAACAACAUGCCCGUGAGUCUGUGGCGCGUCAAACUAAAGUCGGUUUGCGACAUUCCUGCAUGUGCAGUGACCCCAAACAAUGCCGGGUGUCAACUGAUGCAGGAGCUCUUGGCCGAAAAUGUCGAAUUUCGCGUCGAGAUCGUUGGGUCCAACAAUCAAUUGGUGGACUUGCAUUCGGGCUCGGGCGAGGGGACAUCGCUUGCGCUUCGAAUUCUGCCGCUAAUGUUUACGCCCGUUUCGAAUAAAUCGCAAGAAGUAGCUGCUACAGAUCCAGCUCCUGCGCCUGCUCCUGCUCCGGCGGCAGUUCCAGCUCCGGCAGCAGUUCCUGCUCCGGCAGAACUGAAAAGCUCUCUAAAAGAACUCAACGUCAAGACGUCUACAACUGCGUCAGAGAUGUCCAAAGAUCUUCCACCUUUGCCGCUAUCGCCCCCAGCUUCCCCCGCUAUCGAGACUAAAGAGACACCAAAAUUCCAACGUUUCUAUUACAAGGAUUUGCCUAAGGUUCUUAUUCCACUGAGCGCACGUGUUGAGGUUUUCCUUCUGAAUGCAACAGGAUUAUCGGACACUGGCGCCAUCACCGCCUGUCAUUUUAAAGACGAAGAAGAUGCUGCAAACUAUCAGAAUUUGUUUAAAUUAAUUGAUGACGAAGGAAAGUUGUCGCACCCGAACAUAGACUUUGUGCCAAGUGUUGGAGAAAUGUGCCUGGCCCUGUUCAGCGAGGACAAUAACUGGUAUCGUGGCGUAUGCGAGGAGAUACUCGGCAACAAGGCUCGCAUUUUCUACUGCGACUUUGGAAAUCGUGAGGUCGUUUCCGUCAAGAAACUCAAGCCCAUUAGCGCCAGUCUUUUUCAGGUCAUCAAUGCCACCAAAUGUUACAUCGAGGGUUUCGACAAGUCGGAGAAGUUCAGUCAAUGGCAGGAACAUAUUAAGACGGAAGUGCUCAUUCCGUGCACCGUCAAGGAGGGCCCCGACUCCGAUUCGCGUACCCUUGUCAUACUCGAUCUGGACAAGAUCGUGCCCCAACAAGCUUCCUAACUCAUUUUCGAGUUUUACCUUAAGACAACAAGGAUCGCGUUCCUUCAUUAUAAUCGCUAGUUAUAAGUAUUAAUACCACCGUACACCAUCAGUGUACGCAUCGAGACUUUUGAAAAUGUUUUUGAAAAUAUUCGUUUCUUUUCGCGAUUUAGUUUUUGUUUUUUUUUCGACUUGGCAGGUCCUGUAUAGAUGAUCCUUUAAUACA